AUGACAAUCAGACACAAUUCCAUCAACGACAAGACCCUCGACGACAUGCUGAUCAACGACCUUCUCAACAGCAAUAUCAUCCUCAGAAAUAAGAUCGCCGACGACCUCGCCAACAUGGACAUCGCCAUCGAAGACACAGUCAUCCACAAUCUUGCCAACAGCGAGAUCGACCUCAAAAGCAUAGUCAUCGACAAACUGUCCACUAUGAACAUGAUCCUCACAGAGCUCGCCAAGACUAUUAGACCCUUGAAAGCAUGGUCAGGAAUGACCUCGUCAGCAGCACCAUCAACAGCAAUAUCAACAGCAACAUCACCUUCACAGGCGUGGUCAUUGAUCACUCCUACAGAGACACCGCCCUCAGAGAACGAAGAAGACGACCCCGAAUGGCCCUUUGUUGGACGAAAGGGGCCCUCGCCUCCUUCACCUCCUCUACGACAGAGAGCUCCAACUCCGGAUGAGGUCACGGAAGAGUUCCUUUCCCAUACGCUCUACCCAUUGUUCGGCCUGUCUCGUCACCCAAAUCCACGUGGACUGUGGACCCUAGAACAGAACGAAAAGGCCCCCAUCCCGCCCAGCCUCGUACGCAAUCUAGCUAUAUUAGACAAGAACGAUCCGCAGUAUCUCGACCACGAAACCUCCUGCAAACGAAUCAGAGCAAUCCUAAAUCACUGCUACGUGGAGGAGCUCGACUAUCGCAAACAGAACCCCGCCAAACGCUCUUCAGCAGUCCUUUCCAUUCCUCGGUGUAGAGGUUUUGAACAAGAAGUCGAGGCACUGGGCGUCAGAUUCCCGAUUGAAGGAGAGCUUGAUUUCGUUGUGAACAACGCCGCGGAGCCUGGCAAUGGUAUCGGCGUUGUCAUCUGCGUCAAUCUGUGGCCGUCGACCAUCCUCUGGCAGUGCAUCUCAUUCAUGGCACUCUGCCAUGACGCUCGAAAGACUGAAAACAAACGGCUCACCUCGGUCUACGGCGUUGCGACCAACGGAAAAGAAUUCUACUUCCUGGAGAUCGACGACAACGAUAUGAUCUCAUUCCACCGAACCAUCCUGCGUCCCGACAGCGGUACAAAGACGAACGAGGUGUACUCGUAUUUUCGCCGGUUCUUCCGCGACAUUAUGGACCGGAAAAUCACACCAAUUCCUGGUACUCGCUUCAAGCCCUCGAUCUCCCCUUCUCGCCUAUAUUGA